AUGGGGGUUAUAUUUUAGUUAGAGCUAUUCGAAGCAAAUCUUCUAGAUCCACAAUCUCUAGAUCAAGCUGUAGAAGGGUGCGAUUUUGUUGUUCACACAGCAUCCCCACUCCCUGCAACUCCUCCUAAAGAUGAGAAUGUUCUAAUUAAACCAGCUGUUGAAGGAACUCUGUCUAUUUUAAACUCAUGUGUUAAGCACCGAAUCAAAAGGGUAGUCAUUACUUCAACCUCUUUAACCAUGUGCAUUCAGCAGCGACAGAAUUACAAGCCAGUAUUUAAUGAGAAUGACUGGUCUGAUCCUACUAUUUGUGCUCCGUAUGACAAGAGCAAGACUCUAGCUGAAAGAGCUGCUUGGGAUUUUCAUUCAAAGCUUUCAGAGGAUGAGAAAUUUGAGAUGGUAGUAAUAAACCCUGCCUUUGUCUUAGGACCAUCUCUUGUCCAAACUGAUUUCUCCUCUGGCUUGAUAAUUAGGAAAAUCAUGACUGGUUAAAUUCCAGGAGCUCCCAAGAUUCUUAUGCCCAUUGUUGAUGUCAGAGAUGUAGCCUUGGCUCACCUAAGAGCAAUAUAAGUCAAGGAAGCCGCCAAUCAGAGAUUCAUAGUCUGUGAUAGAAGUUUGUGGUUUAAGGACAUCAUUUUAACCUUAGCUGCAAAAUAUCCUGAGGGCUUCAAAAUUAAUACCUCAGAGAUAAAAUAUUGCACAAUGAAGAUUGCUUCAUGGUUUGAUGCAUCAGCAAAUAAACUGAUUGGAUAUUGGGGUGUAGACUUUCAACUAGACAACUCAAAGUCUAAGAGUAUUCUGGGACUUGAGUACAAACUUGCUACCGAGGCUAUUAUUGAGAUGGCAGAGAGUUUGAUAUCAAGUGGGCUUUUGAAAAGCAAUAAAAAGAAUUGA